AUGGCGCGGUGCACCGUCAUCGCGGGGUCGUACGAGCGCUUCGUCUUCGGCUACGGCGUCCACGGCGAGGGUGCGGCGGGGGAGACGUCGAGACUGGAGAAGUGCUUCACCGCGGACGCGCACCUGAGCUCGGUGAAGUGCGUCGCCGCGAGCGGUGGGUUCGCGGCGAGCGGUGGAUCGGACGAUUUGAUACGGGUGUAUCAUUGCGAUGCGUCGGGGGCGGUGGCUGAUCUCGGGGUUUUGGUUGGACACGAGGGCGACGUGCGCGCGCUGGCGUUUCACGCGCCGAGCGGACGGGCGCCGACGCGAUUGUUGAGCGGAGGUGCGGAUGGGAGCGUGCGCGUGUGGGACGCGAGGGAUAACUUUAACAUGAUGAAGACGAUGCGGGCGCAUCGAGGUGGAGUGUUGUCGAUCGCGGCGCACAGGAGUGGGCGCGUGGCGUUGACAAGCGGGGCGGACUCGCACGUGGCGAUGUGGGACAUGCUCAAGGGACGAGUGGCGUACAAGUUUAAGACCCCAGAGCGUGUCGAGCGGUUGACGUUUACGCAAGAUGGGAAGGAAUACGUGAGUUUAACGUCUAAACGGCUGAGCGUGACGGACGUCGAGGCUGGGAGCAUCGUGCGGACGUUUGCGACGCCGAGCAAGGCGUUGACGUUUGAGGCGCGAGGUCGCGUGGCGUACGUCGGGUGCGAGGGUGGAGACGUGAUUGUGUACGACACCCGCACCGAGGACGCAGUCGGGCAGAUCGUUAAGGCGCAUCCGCAACGCGUACGUGGCUUGGCGUUCGGUUCGAUGACUCUGGAAGAGGCCGAGGAGGAUUCCAAUCCGAAGCUACUCAUCAGCGCCGGUUCGGAGGGAGCCGUGCGAGUGUGGGAUUUACGCACAGCGACGCGCUCGAGUGCCGAAGCGCCCGCUGAAUCCGUGGUCGAGAUCAACACGGGCGCUCGGUACACCUGUCUGUGCGCGAUGCCUUCAGAGAAUCCACCGGAAGCUCCCGAGCCCAAGGCGGCUCAGGAUGAGACGGCCAAUAGAAAGAAGCAGCCUCACGCGAAAAAUGCGAAGCAGGUUGCAAAGGGAAAGGUAACGAAACCUCAAAAGAAAGUGGUGACAAAUGAUGAAGACUUUGAAAUCGUACCGGCGGACGACGGACCAACCGGUAAAGGCGGGCCAAGUCGAUUUGAUUCCGAUUCCGACGACGCGCCUUUCGCAAAGCCGACUGGGUUCAAGAAGAAACGCGACGGCUCGUACGAGAAAAGUGCGACGAGCGCGCGUCGUAAGGCGCAUGGUAUCAAAACCAAAAAGUCGCGUCGUUAG